UUUACGUUGGUUUUCGAGCCGCCAAAUAAGAGAAAGAAGAAAAAGAAGGAAGUCGGAUGUAAACAUGUCAAAGUCCAAAAUCUUAUGAUUUGGUGAACUGUUUUGAGGUCCAACAUGACUCAGGUAAGCCAUCAGCAGUGGGGAGAGGUGUCCGGCCUGGGCAGUGUGGACCUAUGGGUCCUGCAGUCCUCCCAGGUGCGCGUGGAGGUUCUCACCUUGGGUGCCAUCAUCAGAUCUGUGUGCACCAGAGGGAAAGAUGGUCAGGAGGAUGAUGUAGUCCUGGGCUAUGAUGACCUGGAAGGAUAUGUGUCAGAUAAGCGGUACCUGGGAGCUACAGUGGGUCGUGUGGCCAACAGAAUUGCACAGGGACGCUUUGUAGUGGAGGGAAAAGAGUUCCAGCUAGAUGUCAAUAAUGGACCCAAUGCACUUCAUGGGGGGCUGUAUGGCUUCAAUAAGGCUAUCUGGCUUGCUACAGCCGUGGAAGGUGGUGUAAAGCUGAGUCAUACUAGUCCAGAUGGAGACCAGGGUUAUCCUGGCGAGGUUCAGGUCUCUGUCUCCUACACCGUACAGGGGGAAACACUAACUGUUGAAUACCAUGCCCGGUCUACAAAAACCACCCCCAUCAAUCUCACCAAUCACUCCUACUUCAACCUGGCUGGACAGGGUGCUACAGAUAUCUAUGACCAUCAAGUGUCCAUCACUGCUCAAUCCUACCUGCCUGUGGAUGACACAUCAAUUCCUACAGGAGAGAUCAGAGGAGUGGAAGGCACGCCCUUUGACCUCAGAAAGUCUGUUCUUAUUGGCCCUCGGCUGAAGGACGUUCCAGGUCCAGGGUUUGACCACAAUUUCUGCCUGUCAGCACCUGGAGACGCCUGGGUGGAGAGGCAUGCUGCCAGAGUGUGUCACCCAGCCAGUGGCCGAGUCCUGGAGGUUUCUACCAGCCAACCAGGAGUACAGUUCUACACUGCCAACUUCCUGGAUGGCUCCAUGACAGGAAAGGGCGGGGCCAGGUACAGGAAGCACAGUUCCUUCUGUCUGGAGACACAGAAUUGGCCUGAUGCUGUCAACCAGGCUUCAUUUCCUGACUGUCUUCUUCGUCCCGGUGAGGAUUAUCAGCAUGUCACUCGUUUCACCUUCACCACUAUCUGAUCUGACCUCCAGCAGUGGGACAGAAAAGAAGAAAGCUGGGUACUUUUAAGUAGAAAGUGAAGUCCAAUAAUUAAUUGUACAUAUCAAGGUUCCCAGUAUAGUCAUGUACCAUACAGUUGAGCAGUGCAAGUCCAGUUCCCAACUAUGUAACUGUGUCAUUGGUGCAUAUGUUUGUAAUGUGAAGAUCUUUACCACACUAGUGCUGUGAUGUUUGCCUCCUUUGCAUGCACAAUAUUUAAACCUGUGCAUGUAAGGCGUGAGGCAGUGACAUGAUGUUGAUGCCAAUGGUAAUGGGCUAGUGUGAUUUAUGAUCCUGUGCCAUGACAUUCUGACAUUAAAGAAAAAGUAAGAAAGAG